ACUGAGAUACGUACUUGGCGAGCAAAUAUCAUCCUUGUACUGGAGGCCGAUGGAGCCUAAUGGUCAUAGGAGAGUGAGGAGAAAGGAUAAUUGUGUUCAAGAAAAUGGGGACACAAGUCAGUCAAAUGCCGGUGAUGAACUAGAUCCAUGGACUGCAUGGGCAUACAGGCCUCGGACCAUUUCAAUGUUACUUAUUGGCGCAUGUUUUCUUAUUUGGGUAAGUGGGGCCCUAGAUCCAGAAAGCAGUGCAUCUGGAGAUCUUGUUACAUCUGUAAAAAGGGGUGUAUGGGCAAUGAUUGCAGUUUUUCUUGCUUAUUGCUUGCUGCAAGCCCCAUCUACGGUUCUUAUCAGACCACAUCCUGCAAUUUGGCGCUUGGUUCAUGGAAUGGCUGUUGUUUACCUUGUUGCUCUCACAUUUUUGCUUUUCCAGAAGCGUGAUGAUGCUCGGCAGUUUAUGAAGUUUCUCCAUCCUGAUCUUGGUGUUGAACUUCCAGAAAGAUCUUAUGGUGCUGAUUGUCGCAUAUAUUUGCCUGAAAAUCCUAAAAGCAGGUUUAAGAAUGUUUAUGAAACACUUUUUGAUGAAUUUGUUGUAGCUCAUAUAGUUGGGUGGUGGGGAAAGGCUAUACUGAUCCGUAAUCAGCCCCUUCUGUGGGUGCUUUCCAUUGGAUUUGAGUUGAUGGAGCUUACCUUCCGCCACAUGUUACCAAAUUUCAAUGAAUGCUGGUGGGACAGUAUUAUUCUUGACAUUUUGAUCUGCAACUGGUUUGGUGAGAGCUCUCUUACAUUAUCAAUAUUGAGACAGAGUUCUGUUUGGUGUUCUUGGCUAAGUCGACAGCCUAAUAUUAUUGGAAAAGUCAAACGAACACUGGGACAAUUUACACCAGCUCAGUGGGACAAAGAUGAGUGGCAUCCCUUGCUUGGUCCAUGGCGUUUCAUUCAAGUCCUCACUCUUUGCAUUGUAUUCAUGACUGUAGAGCUCAAUACAUUCUUUCUUAAGUUCUGUCUAUGGAUUCCGCCGCGGAACCCCUUGAUUGUGUAUAGGUUGAUCUUGUGGUGGCUAAUUGCAAUUCCAACAAUUCGCGAGUACAAUUCAUACCUUCAAGAUCGAACACCAGUGAAGAAGGUUGGGGCAUUUUGUUGGCUUUCCGUGGCUAUUUGCAUUAUUGAACUUCUGAUUUGCAUAAAGUUUGGACAUGGAUUGUAUCCUAAACCAAUGCCACUGUGGAUGGUAACGUUUUGGAUGUCUGCUGGAGUGGCCCUUGUAUUAUUUUUGAUUGUUUGGUCGUGGCAACUGCAUCGAAGUUUAGGGAGAAAGAGGCGAUGAUUUUACUAUUGGGUACAUCAUUCUUUGAUUGCUUCCUUGCCCCUGGUCUCAAGGUUAUCGAUCCAUGUUGUAAAUAUUUAUCACCCUUUAUUAAUUGUACAUCCUGAUUCUCUUUUAGAUUAGCGGAUCACAGUUCCUUGAGUAGAAAAUAUUUAUUCUUUCUUGCUAGCCAGGCUGUUGCAAAUACUUUUAAGGCUCGGAAAUUACUGGUUUGCCACUAUUACUAGCAGGUUUUUUCCGAGUCUGAGGAUGAGCCAUUUUGAACUACCAAUUCCUUUAUGUUGUAAUGUUUAGGUUUUUUAUUUUAUGGGUUAUAACUUAUAAAAUUGUUAGUAAAAGAUUUCAUAUAUGUAAUAAUGUACCAAAUGACAAUGGAAGCUUUCGUUCUACCAUUUU